AUGGCGGAGGGCUCCUUUGAAGAAAUGGGAACGGAGUCCAAAACUAAAAAGCAGCACGGGCCGAGCUUCCAUCUGAGCGAGUUUGCUUCUGGAAAGGGCAGGAUGUCCAGGGAGAGCGAUGCGGACAGCAGCACACCCAACCGAAGAACCAAGAGCACCUACAUCCCACUGGAGCUGCAGGUCCUGGAGAUCAAGGAGAAGCACAAGGACGUCCUGCUGUGUGUCGAGUGCGGCUACAAGUACAGGUUCUUUGGGGAAGAUGCUGAGAUUGCAUCCCGAGAACUGAACAUUUACUGCCACCUCGACCACAGCUUCAUGACGGCGAGCAUCCCCACUCACAAGCUGUCUGUGCACGUCCGCCACUUGGUUUCCAAGGGACACAAGGUAGGAGUGGUCAAGCAGACUGAGACGACAGCACUGAAAGCUAUAGGAGGAAACAAGAGCUCCCUCUUCACAAGGGAACUGAUUGCCCUCUACACCAAGUCCACUCUGGUGGGGGAAGAUGUGAACCCGCUGCUGAAGCUGGGUGAUUUGGAGGAAGCCGAGGAUGUGGUUGUGGAAGACGUCCCCAAUAACUACCUGCUGUGCAUCUACGAGACCUGGGGGAGCAGCAAGGACAGGAAGAGACAGGAGCUCACCAUCGGCAUUGUGGCGGUGCAGCCCAGCACUGGGGACGUGGUGUUCGACUGCUUCCAGGACUCGAGUUCACACUCGGAGCUGGAGGGCCGUGUCCUACGAGUGCAGCCUACCGAGAGGCUGCUCCCCUCGGAGCUCUCUGAAGAGACUGAGAGGCUGCUCCGCAGCAUCGUCUCCACGAGCAUGCAUGAUGAUGAGCGGAUCCGUAUCGAGAGGAUGGAGACCUCACACUUUGGGUACAGCAAUGCGUUGAAUAUCGUCUCUGACUUCUACACCUUCACCGCCCCCAGUGACGCAGGCUCUCAGAAGCUCUCCAGUAUAGUAGGUCUUGAGAGGCCGGUCGUGUGCUCCCUGGUGGGGGUUAUUACGUAUCUGACCGGCUUCAAUCUGGAGAAGGUUCUCCUCAGUACCGGCUCAUUCAGACAGCUCUCUAAUGAAGCUGAGUGUAUGGUGCUCAGUGCUACGACCAUGAAGAACCUGGAGAUCUUGCAGAAUCAGACAAACUGUAGGGAAAAGGGCAGCUUGCUUUGGAUCCUCGACCAUACCCAGACCCCCUUUGGCCGGAGAUUGAUGAGGAAGUGGGUAACCCAGCCUCUGAUAUUGGCAAGGGAAAUCCAAACUCGUCAGGACGCAAUGGCUGAAAUCCUCUCCUCGGAGUCCAGCGUCCUGGCACCCACGUGGAGCCUGCCCAGCAAGCUGCCUGAUUUGGAGAGAGGCAUCUGUAGCAUUUAUCAUAAAAAGUGCUCCACACAGGAGUUCUUCUUGAUUGCCAGUGUUCUGUCCCAUCUGGAGGUGGAGCUGUGCUCUCUGCUCCCCGCCGCUCAGUCCCAGGUGCAGUCGGUCCUGCUGAGAAAUCUCCUGCUGGAGACACCACAGCUGCUGGCCCCAGUGCAUCACUACAUCAAAGUGCUCAAUGAAAAGGCAGCCAAGACUGGAGAUAAAACCGAGCUGUUUGCGGACCUGACAGAGUUCCCUGUAAUCCGAGAGCGGAAGGGGGAGAUCCAGGAUGUUCUGUCCCAGAUCCAGGAACACCGGCAAGAGAUCCGGCUCAUUCUGAAAAACCCCUCCCUGGAUUACGUAACUGUGUCAGGCCAGCAGUUUCUGAUCGAGAUCAAGAACAACAUGAUGUCAAAAGUGCCAGCUGACUGGGUCAAAAUUAGCAGCACAAAGGCAGUGGGCCGUUUCCACACGCCUUUUAUAGUGGAGAAGAGCCGGCGCCUCGGCCAAUUGUGUGAACAGCUCGCCCUCGACUGCUGCAAUGAAUGGAUCCGCUUCCUCCGCGAGUUUGGUGAGCACUACCAUCCAAUCAGGAAAGCAGUUUGUCACCUAGCAACAGUUGACUGCAUCUUCUCAUUGGCGGAAGUUGCUAAGCAAAGCAGUUAUUGCAGACCGGUGGUGCUUGAAGAUGAGAGGCAGAUUAUAAUAAAGAACGGCCGGCACCCUGCUACUGAUGUACUGAUGGGAGAACAGGACCAGUAUGUACCCAACAGCACUGAACUCCUCGGGGAUGGUAAGCGGGUGAUGAUCAUUACUGGACCCAACAUGUCUUAUAUAAGAGCUCUCAUCACCAUGAUGGCUCAGAUAGGCUCCUUUGUGCCGGCUGACGAGGGUGUCAUUGGGAUUGUGGAUGGCAUCUUCACCAGAAUGGGAGCCUCUGACAAUAUUUACAAGGGCAGGAGCACAUUCAUGGAGGAGCUGACAGAGGCGUCGGAGAUCAUUGAGAAAGCUACAUCUCGGUCGCUCGUCAUUCUAGACGAGCUGGGCCGCGGGACGAGCACUCACGACGGCAUUGCCAUAGCCUACGCCACGCUGGAGUAUUUCAUCAGAGACGUGAAAUCCUUGACCCUGUUUGUGACCCACUACCCUCUGCUGUGUGAGCUGGAGAGACAGUGUCCAGAGCAUGUGGGGAACUACCACAUGGCCUUCCUGCUGAACCAACAUGAGAGUGACCACAACAAAGCUCGCUGGGCGCCUGGCCAGCAGGGUUUGCUGUGGCACGACAAGGACAAGCAGGCCCUGGCCGUGUUGCCUCCCUAA